ACUCAGAGGGGAAAUUCGCCGCGAUAGGUUGUCAAAACAAAAAUGGGAGCCAGCACAAAAACAAGUCGAUUUGCUGUAGGACUCACUGCCCUAUCCUUCCUGUUUAUCCUCGUGGCCUUUGUUUCACCCUACUGGUUGCAGCACGAUGGGCUCAACAAGGCGCCAAAGUUCCUUCAUUUAGGACUCUGGGAGGUGUGCUUCAGUAAAUUUCAGGAUAUAAAUCGCUGGUACGAUGUCCGCUUUACGGGGUGCAUGUGGGUCUUUGAGGAAGAAUACUACAUAAUUCACGACUUCCUGCUGCCGGGCUUCUUCGUGGCCACUCAGUUCUUCUUCACCAUCUGUCUGACACUGCUACUCAUCUCACUAUUCCUGACUGCCCUCUUCCUUGUUUCAUCGAAGGAUGAUGAUCGCUACAUCAUGCUGCUGCUAACAAAUGGAGCUGUGCAAGUUCUCGGAGCGACGUGUGGCCUAAUUGCUGUUAUCACAUUUGGUGCUCGUGGCGAUGGGCGCGACUGGAUGCCCAAUUGGGAACACAACAACAUGGGAUGGGCCUUUGCCUUAGCUGUUCUCGGCACAAUGAUGCUCUUCCCGGCAGGUAUUCUCUUCCUCGUGGAGGCAAGGAAGAUUAAAUAUAAGCGGCUCAACGAAAUCGGUACCAGGGAGGCCAGUGCCUACAGUAUGGACGAUCGAAAAGUCCAUGCAAGUGGCAGUGGACACACUGAUAUCUAAUCUGGAAGGAUAGCUCCCGUAGUACAGAGAGCUCAGUCUGUCCAUUUUAAGUACAGUCGUGACUACGUAGUAGGACCGUCGUCAAAAAGACUUUUCCGCAGUAAAACGACUUCAGAAUGAGGAAAUUUGUCUUCGCAGUGGGCCCUAUCCUCCUCCAUGGAGGGUCAGGAUACGUAGGUAAGUGGGACAAUUAGUGCGAAGGCAAAUUUCCUCAUUUUGAAACCGUUUUAUCGCGGAGAAGUCUUUUUGACGACGGUCCUACUACGCAGUCACGACAAUAUUUUCUACAUUUCCGUCAUUUCUGUAGUUUUAAGACUUUUAAGAUCACUAAGCCGUCCAUUUAUAUAGGGAAUCUCUUGAUUAAGAUCUGUUUUAGUGAAUCAAAACUCAUGCAUUGAUCUUCAGUAUGUUCAUUGGUACUGAUCAAUAAAUAUUUUUACCUAUUUUUAGAAA